AGCUAGACUUUACAGAGCGAACUUGGCUCUUGGCACUCUGCUGCAUUUGGUCCGUGCCCAACUUUGCAGCUCUCAUGAGCCACCUAGAAGGUGCUAAAACAGUUGCCGGAGCCCUGGCCUGGGCUUCAGCCUCCCCCUGGCAUCUCACUCCGAGACACUGACUAACGUAGCUUUCCCAGAAUCACAGCGAGAGCUCUGUCUCUCUAUCUCUGAUUUUCUCUGUGUAUCUCUCUUUUUCUGUCUCUGUCUCUCUGAAUCGUCUCUAUUUCCCUCCUUGUUUGACUGAUGGUCGCUCUCUAGCCCUGUCCGCCUCUUUUUGUUUGUCUGUUUAUAAUUCUUUUUCCUAUCCUCUUUCUUUCUUUCCCUGUCUCUGUCUUGGUCUAUAGCUCUUCUUCUUUUUUUCUUUUCUUUUUUUUUCUAUUUCUGCUUUCUGAUUCCUCGUUUUUGUCUUUUUCUCUGUCUUUCUCCACCUCUUUCCCUUUUUCUGUCUUUCUGUUUCUUUUUGACUCUGUCACUCUGUUUCUGUCUCUUUCUCCCUUCCCUCCCUGUUCCUAUUUCCUUAUCUAUUCCUUUCAUCCCUCUCUCCCUUCCUUUCCCGUACUGUCUUGCUUCUCUCAGAUUUUCUGCCCAGAGGUUGUUUUUUUUUCACUCUCCUUUUUCCAGUCCCUCCUCCUCUCUUUCCCCCUUUCUUCCUCUCGCCCCCUCCUCUUCCCUCACCCUCCUCCCUCUCUCGCUAGCUCAUAUCCUUGCUUUUUCAGAAGCCAAGAGAGGCCAAAAGACAGGCUGAGCGGUGUAAGGAGGAACAGCCGGGGUAGAGGGAGUAGGAGAGCGAAAGCAGCAGGGAACAAGCUCCAGCGGGUGGGGCAGAGGCGAGAGUUUUCGUGCGGCCAGAGUUUCGUGAAGUACCAACAAUAAAUUCUGCUGACCAGCAUGGCCAGGAAAAGCUUCCUCUCCUCACUUAUAGUGCGACUCUGCAGCAUCCUCCCGUGGCUUUUUGUCCUACAGACUGAAGCUGGGCCACAGCAAGAAGACAGUUUGUACAUGUGGAUUGAUGCUCACCAAGCAAGAGUUCUCAUAGGUUUCGAAGAGGACAUUCUGAUUGUUUCAGAGGGGAAAAUGGCCCCAUUCACUCAUGAUUUCAGAAAAGCUCAACAGAGAAUGCCAGCUAUUCCUGUUAAUAUUCAUUCCAUGAAUUUUACCUGGCAAGCCACAGGGAAAGCUGAAUAUUUCUAUGAAUUCUUAUCCUUACGGUCUCUGGAUAAAGGCAUCAUGGACGAUCCCACCAUCAAUAUCCCAUUGCUUGGGACAGUUCCCCACAAGGCAUCAGUUGUUCAAGUAGGAUUCCCAUGUCUUGGAAAACAAGAUGGAGUUGCAGCAUUUGAAGUGAAUGUGAUCAUAAUGAACUCUGAAGGCAAUAUCAUCCUCCAGACUCCCCAGAAUGCCAUCUUCUUUAAAACAUGUCAACAAGCUGAAUGCCCAGGAGGGUGCAGAAAUGGAGGCUUCUGUAAUGAAAGACGUGUCUGUAAAUGUACUGAUGGAUUCUAUGGACCUCACUGUGAGAAAGCACUCUGCAUGCCACGAUGCAUGAAUGGUGGUCUCUGUGUUACUCCUGGCUUAUGCAUCUGCCCACCUGGAUUCUAUGGUGUAAACUGUGAAAAAGCUAACUGUUCUACAACCUGCUUCAAUGGAGGAACUUGCUUUUACUUAGGAAAGUGUAUUUGUCCACCAGGACUGGAGGGAGACCAAUGUGAAAUAAGCAAAUGUCAGCAAACCUGUAGAAAUGGUGGUAAAUGUAUUGGUAAAAAUAAAUGCAAAUGUUCCAAAGGCUACCAAGGAGAUCUCUGUUCUAAACCUGUCUGUGAGCCUGGUUGUGGAGCACAUGGGACCUGCCAGGAGCCCAAUAAAUGCCAGUGUAGGGAAGGCUGGCACGGACGACAUUGCAACAAAAGGUACGGAGCCAGCCUCAUGCAUGCCCUAAAGCCACCAGUUAUCAAGCACAGACAGCACACGCCUUUACUUAAAAAGGCCGAAGAGAAGCAUGUUCCACCUGAAUCCAAUUACAUCUGGUGAACCCCCAGCAUCUGAAACGUUUUAAAUUACACCAAGUUCAUAGCCUUUGUUAACCUUUCAUGUGUUGAAUGUUAAAAUGCUGUUCAUUACAGGGAAGAAUACUGGCCUGAAUUUUAUUAGCUUCAUUAUAAAUCACCAAGCUGAAUUUCCUUUUAAGUCUUCUAUGUGCUUCUUUAGCAUGAUGGUAUAGGUCUCAUUUCGAUUCUUUUUAACGACAUUUCUAUUAGAAAGUCCAUUGACCAGGUUAAACUUAGCUGCAGAUGAUUUUCCAAAACUGAAAAUGCAAAGAGAAGCUAGGAGAUUGGGGCACAUUAUAGAGGGGCACCCUUGACUUAAAACACACACACAUCAUAGAGAUAGAUUGGGCAAGGCAAUGAUUGCUAUGAUUGGCUACUAUGUUUUGUUCUUUAAAAAAAAAAAACCCUUUAUUAUUUAGAUACAGAUUUAAAUGUCAGUUAUUUAAAUCUAAAAAUCAGAUAUUUAGAUCUAAACAUUAGACAUUUAAAGCUAUGUUACUUUUUAAAGAAAAAUGAGUGAAUGAAGAAAAAAGGGGAAAAAAUGAAUGAAAUUUUUUAAAAUCUUAGCACAAUAUUUUGAUUUUCCUGUUUUUCCUGAAUUCUCAGUAUUAAAAAACAUUCUUUUAAGUCACAUUUAUACAAUAUAAUAUAUUGUAUACAGCAAAGUAGAAAUAUAAUGUAUGAAUUUUUGCAUUGGCUUGAAGCAAUAUAAUAUAUUGUAAACAAAGCACAACUCGUGUAAUAAACUGUAUACUGACUGAUAUGUAUAAAAUAAAGGUGAGGCUUUAAUUUUCUCAAA